AUGACAUUAGAAUAUUAUAACGAACAUAAAGAUGAACUGAAAGGAGAGAAGGGUGACACCGGACCACAAGGAAUACAAGGACCUCAAGGAAUACAAGGACCUCAAGGAAUACAAGGACCUCAAGGCGAAAACGGUUUGGAUGGAAAGGAUGGAAAGGAUGGAAAAACUGCUAAAUCAUGGAUAUGGGACCUUAUAA